GGAGAACACCACUUAUGUACUGCGUGUUGGCUGACAGACUGGACUGUGCAGAUGCCCUCCUGAAGGCGGGUGCGGAUGUUAAUAAAACUGACCACAGCCGGAGAACAGCCCUGCAUCUUGCAGCUCAAAAGGGAAAGGGACUAGAAUGGUGGCAAGAAGAUGAGAAGCGGUACAAAGUUGAGGGAGUGAUUUGUAGAUGGAGGGAAAUUAUCGUUUCAUGAAGCUCUUACUGACACGUAGAGCAAAUUGGAUGCAGAAGGAUCUGGAGGAGAUGACUCCUUUGCACUUGACCACCCGGCACAAGAGCCCUAAGUGUUUAGCACUUCUGCUGAAGUUCAUGGCGCCCGGAGAAGUGGACACACAGGAUAAAAACAAGCAAACGGCUCUGCACUGGAGUGCCUACUACAAUAACCCUGAGCAUGUGAAGCUGCUUAUCAAGCAUGAUUCCAACAUCGGAAUUCCCGAUGUCGAAGGCAAGAUCCCACUUCACUGGGCAGCCAACCACAAAGACCCGAGCGCUGUUCAUACCGUGCGGUGCAUUCUGGAUGCCGCCCCAACGGAGUCCUUACUGAACUGGCAAGACUACGAGGGCCGGACGCCUCUUCACUUUGCAGUCGCCGAUGGGAACGUCACGGUGGUGGAUGUCCUGACCUCGUACGAAAGCUGCAAUAUCACGUCUUACGAUAACCUGUUUCGAACCCCGCUUCACUGGGCAGCUUUACUGGGCCAUGCACAGAUUGUCCAUCUCCUGUUAGAAAGAAAUAAAUCUGGAACCAUCCCCUCUGACAGCCAAGGAGCAACACCCUUGCACUAUGCAGCGCAGAGUAACUUUGCUGAAACAGUUAAAGUCUUUUUAGAACAUCCUUCGGUGAAAGAUGAUUCCGACCUCGAAGGAAGAACGUCCUUUAUGUGGGCCGCUGGGAAAGGCAGUGAUGACGUCCUUAGGACUAUGCUGAGUUUAAAGUCUGACAUUGACAUCAACAUGGCAGACAAGUACGGAGGCACCGCUUUACAUGCUGCUGCCCUUUCUGGCCAUGUCAGCACCGUGAAGUUGUUAUUGGAAAAUAACGCUCAAGUAGAUGCUACUGAUGUCAUGAAACACACUCCACUUUUCCGAGCCUGUGAGAUGGGACACAAAGAUGUCAUUCAGACACUUAUUAAAGGUGGAGCAAGGGUAGAUCUAGUUGACCAAGAUGGACAUUCUCUUCUACACUGGGCAGCGCUGGGAGGAAAUGCUGAUGUGUGCCAGAUAUUGAUAGAAAAUAAGAUCAACCCAAAUGUGCAAGAUUACGCAGGAAGAACCCCUUUGCAGUGCGCUGCCUAUGGGGGAUACAUCAACUGCAUGGCAGUGCUCAUGGAAAAUAAUGCCGACCCUAACAUUCAAGACAAAGAGGGAAGAACAGCUUUGCACUGGUCCUGUAACAACGGAUACCUCGAUGCCAUUAAAUUACUACUAGACUUCGCUGCUUUUCCUAAUCAGAUGGAAAACAAUGAAGAGAGGUACACUCCCCUUGACUACGCCUUGCUCGGCGAGCGCCACGAAGUGAUCCAGUUCAUGUUGGAGCAUGGCGCCCUGUCCAUCGCGGCCAUACAGGACAUCGCCGCCUUCAAAAUCCAGGCUGUCUACAAAGGGUACAAGGUCAGGAAAGCCUUCCGAGACCGGAAGAAUCUCCUCAUGAAGCACGAGCAGCUGAGAAAAGACGCUGCGGCCAAGAAGCGAGAGGAAGAAAACAAGCGAAGAGAAGCAGAACAGCAGAAGGGAAGGCUGAGUCCCGACUCCUGCAGGCCCCGAGCCCUCCCCUGUCUGCCCAGCACCCAGGCCAAGCCCCACAGGCGGAGUGGGGGCCCCAGCACCCAGCCGUCCACCGGUGACGUGGCCCAGAGCCCCGAGCAGAGAAUCUGCAGAGGGUCUCCAGGCAGAAGGUCUCCGAGCAAAGCCCCCCAGAAGGAGCAGCAUCUCUCCCCAGGCUCUCAGGGACCAGACCCCAGAAAGCCAAAUGAAACCUCCAGAGAACAUCCUAAGAGCCGGUCUGCCUGUGUCCACUUCAGCCCCAGUGAAGGCGCCGAUGGAGACAGGUGUCCGGGAGCCACCUCCGCAGACAAGUCCAGAGGUGAGACGGUCGGCGAGCAGCCGUGUGACAAGGGGAAAGGCUCCUCGAAGCAGCCCUCCUGCAUCAGGGUGGCCGGGCCUGAUGAGAAAGGAGAGGACCCCGGCUGGGCAGCUACAAGCCUUCCGCAGCAGGACGGUCACCGGAAGGCCAGCAGGCGGCACGACGCAGCACCCAAGGCCAAAUGUGCCGCCCAGAAAAGGCGCAUCCAAGAGCUCAGAGGAGGAAGGUGCUCCCCAGCUGGCUCCAGCCGGCCUGGCAGCGCCAAGGGGGAGGUGCUCCAUGCCGGGCAGAAUCCUCUCCACCACCGGACACCAAGGAACAAAGUCACGCAGGACAAGCUCGAAGGAGAGAGCCUCUCAGAUUUGCCACAGGGGACCGAGAUGCUGAGGUCAGGGGUCAGCAAGUUGGGCAUAUCCACCCUGUCUGAGGAUGCUGCGACACCUAAGGAGACUAAUCCAGCUCCCGGUCCCCUCUCCGGGCAGAGCGUGAAUAUCGACCUGCUCCCUGUAGAGCUGCGGCUGCAGAUCAUCCAGAGAGAGAGAAGCAGGAAAGAGCUGUUUCGCAAGAAGAACAGGGCGGCAGCAGUCAUCCAGCGGGCCUGGAGAAGCUACCAGCUCAGGAAGCACCUGUCCCACCUUCGGCACAUGAAGCAGCAUGGAGCCAGGAAUAUGGACAGAUGGAGCCGCGAAUGCAUGGCACUGCUCCUCCAGGUUUGGAGGAAGGAGCUGGAACUAAAACCCCCAAAGACCAUCACAGUAAGCAGGACCACCAAGAAUCCAUCCAAGAGCAGCUCGGGCGCAAGGUCCACCAGACACUCGGUGCUCAAGCAGAUCUACGGUUGCUCUCAAGAAGGGAAAGUCCGUCAUCCCACAAGAUCUUCAAAAGCCCAGUCUGUGCUGCGUCUCAACUCAGUGAGCAACUUGCAGUGUAUACACCUCCUUGAGAACAGUGGAAGAUCUAAGAAUUUUUCUUACAACCUGCAACCAGCCACUCAAUCAAAAAACAAAACAAAGCCUCGACUGCCUGUGGAGGAAGACUGCAUCCGGGAACUCUUCAGUUCUAAAGCCACUGGGUGGGGCCAAGCUGGGUACCACCCGCACUGGAGUGCUCGGAAGAAGUCCCGUGUCACAGACAGAGCACGAAAAGACAAGACAGAGGAAGGCUAUCCCAAAGAGUCGGGAGUGCAAAUGGGGUGAGAAAGAUGCCUGUAUGGGAGAGGAGUGGCACCAAAAGGAGAUUGAUCAUAAACAAAAGAGUUUUAAUCUUAUGUCCACACAAAAAACUACACAUGGAUGUUUAUUACAGCAGCUUUAUUCGUAAGUGCCACAAUCUGGAAGCAACCAAGAUGUCCUACAGCAGAUGAAUGGAUAAAAACCGAGUGCUUCCAGACAAAGGAAUGUUACUCAACACUAAAAAGAAAUGAGCUAUAUUAAGCCAUUAGAAAAAAAAUGGAGGAACUUUAAAUGAACAUCACCAAGUGGAAGAAUAUAAUCCGCCCUGGUCUGUGUGGCUCAGGUGGUAGGAGUGUUGUUACUCUAAAGGGAGAUGGGAAAGGCCUACACAGGGGCUUCAAAAAUAAUGAAAAAUGUUCUUUCUUAAACUGGAGUUAUAUUUUAUUAUUAUCCUUCAGAGCUUAAUCAUGUUAAAAAUAUUCUUUUACAACCAUUCAAUAUUUUAUAAAUGACAAUUAUUAACCUUAUAAUCUUUCACUGGUUCUGGAAUAGAAAGCUCCAUUAGGGAAAGGUAUCUCUGUCCAGAGAUUCCUUUUCCCUUUGUGAUCUUUCCCUUUUAAUUAUUGUUUCCAUCAUUAACGGCAAGGUCCAGAUCAGUGCAUAGAGUAUGUUAUUUCUAUAAAAGGAGAAAAACACAAGAAUAUAUGUAGUCAUUUGUGAAGACAGAAGACAUCUGAAAGAAUACAUUUAGAAACUGGGGAGGAAGAAAGGGCUGAGAGAAAGAAUGGGAAGAAAACUUUUUACUACCAUCCUUUUGUUCUUCUGAAUACCUACUCAAAAAAAGUCCAUUUUUUAAAAAGUAACUUCAGCCUAGGCAGAUAACUAUAACUAAGAAACCCACUCUACCAAUUAAUAACUUGUUCAAAUAAUGUAAUCAGAGAAAUAAGUGUUCACACUAAGGGUGUCAAAAAACUAUUUCUAACACGUACUUUCAAAUGAAAAGGCCAUCUUAAAUGUAACAAAGUUUAUCCAAAGAAAAUUGAAAUUUUUGCUUAAAAACUUCAAAACCAAAAAUGAGACCUUUUUGAUUUUUCCUAAUUUAUGCCUUAACAUUUCAGAGACAGCAACCUUGAAAUUUAAGUUCAUGUCCUUGACAAAUAUUCAGAAAAAUAACAUCACUUUCUCAUGACAAUUGUGUCUUGGCUUUACACAAAUGAUGUGCUUAUGAAAAAUUUAAAUUAUCAGGUAAAGGUUCUGGGAGUUAUCUGAGUUACCAUGCCAGACACUGGCAAAUCUGUGCCUAGAGUCGGGGCGCACUGAUCCCUACACAGUGCCUUCUCCAGGCCACAGGGCUAGUUCAGACACACUGCGAACAGUGUGUGCUGUACAACUCGUCUUACCACCACUGGGGAACCCCAACUUCCAAGUCUAGUAUCCAAGGCCUUAACUUCAAUCUACCUUUCUUAGUUCUCUCCAUUUACCAUGGAAUAAGGUAAAACUUUAGAUAUCAAAUAAACAGGCUGGUUACCCAAUUCAUUAUUUCUUCUCACUUUUUAAAAUCCAGUCCUUUUGGAGAACCUACAUAUAAACACAGUACCAGACACUGGGGUCAUAAAGAGAAGAUAAAUGUCACUGGUAUGACUUAAAUAUUGUGAUGAGAGUCAAUGCCAUGAGAAAAAUGCUUUAAAUAUCUACAAAAGGUAGAGCCCUAAGAUAUGGGAAGAACAUGAGGAAUAUUCAGAAUAGAAUGGAAGAAGUAAACAGAUCAGUUGAAUAAAAUCAAUUGGUAUAGCAACGAAACAGAAGAAGAUGUAACUUGAACACUGACAAAAAAGGUUAAAAAAAAAAAAAGGGUUGGCCCAGCAAUUAGGAGUUUGACCUUUCUUACAAGGAAAGAACACAGUCAGUGUCCUGGCCAGAGGUCUUCUGAAUCAUUAAAAUAAAAUUAGCCAGCAGAGCAGAUUACCUCAGGAUUUGUUAGAAAGAUUGGAACCAAAAUAAUUUGGGGAUGAAAUAAUUAUAUUCUUAAUAAUAAGCAAGUACCUUUCGAUGCAAGGAAAGAAACAACAAGAAUAAUAGAACUAACUACUACCAAAAUGUUUCAGAGAAUCAAAUCAUUAGCAUUUGUUUAUGAUGUUUUAGUAUAUUUAAUUUGCAUAUCUGAAACAUGUAAGACAAUUAUGCCCAUUAGGGUAAAAGAUCAGCCUUGUAACUCCAAUUUAAAACACAUCAGUAAUUAAUUUAAACCAGUGAUUUAAAUUUGAAUUUCACUAUCGAUAGUACCAAAACUUAAAAUAUUAAGAUUUAUCAUAUUUAACUGAACUACUUGAAAAAUAGUGACCAUAUUAGAAGUUAUUUAAAGAGUCUAAAAUCUUGACUGUAAAAGGAAUAAAAUAUAAUCAUAGUGUUUUGCUGACUGCUUAAAUUUACGAUACUUAUGUAAAAAGUAAGAUUUGUAAGCUAAACAUUAAAGCUUAAGUAAAUGUUAGGGUUUUAAAUUUAACUUCAAUAUAUAAACUCAAAAGGAAAUGCUCAAUAAUCUCUUUUGUUUAAAAACACCACCUUCAAAAAUACCAAAUCCUCCUUACAUCUUAUUUAUCCUAUCUGUCCUGUGCUAGGUAAAAGAAAAUAAAUUUAUCUCUAUCAUUCAGAUUGCUCAUUUAUUGUACUCUAGUGGCAUAACUUAGAAAGGAAAACACUCUUCUUUUAGAAACAUACAUCUCCCAGCCAAGAUUAUAAAGCUUUGA